CAUAAAGCGUCGCCAGUUGCCACAAAUUCCAAAACAGCUUGAAAUGGAAUUGAAAUAUGCAGGUUAUUCAUCUGUAUGAUAUUUUUCACCCUUAAAAGCUUGAAGUACGGAACGCCUUGUUUAUAUUUGGCACUCUAGGCGACUCUCGUGGUCAUCGAAACGUUCUGGAGCCGACAGAAGCUUCACAGAUCGAAGAGAAGAUUCUCGAAGACGCUGUUCUGGUUAGGAAACGAUGAAUCUCAAACAAGCUAGCUGUCUUGGUUUCCUUUUCAUGUGCUUGCAUCUGUGUAGAGCAGUCAAUAUCACAACAGAUGCCACACUUGGAAUAUUUUUUCAGAAAGAAAUCCUUGCCUCUGAUUUCAUCUCAGAUCCUUCUGAUCCAGUUAGAUUUAUAGCUUCAAAAUCAGGUUCCCCAGACCUUCCCCCCUGGUUACGUUUUGAACAAAAAGAUCCAACGGAUAGAGCCUUUAUUUAUGGCACUCCUGGGCGUGAAGUAUCCAGUCAGAUUGUGUUGGAGGUAAGAAAAGAGUUGUAUGUUUAUAUAGCUGUUGGCGGAGAAUCUUACUACACAGUCCUUGCAUCAGAAUACAGGGGAUGUGCUGGUUUACGGGAUUCAUCAAACCAACAAUUGGAACCACCCUAUGAUAUUAACUGGUGUGAAUUUACCUUGAUGGAUAAGAGUAAAAAACCCAUUGUUGUCAGCAAUGCAACUAAACAAGGGCUCACUGGAGAGGGAUUUGAUGAAUCAACAUACAUCGCACCAGUGUAUGAUUCUUCUGUCAGGGACUUUGGAAAUGACUUCCUCCUUAUACUGAUCCUGCCACUUAUCGUCGUUAUUAUCAUUGCAAUCAUUCUGGCCAUCAUCAUGUUUUGUUUUCGUGAAGGAAGGCCAAAGAGGGAUGCAGAGACUGCAAGGCAGCAGCUGUCACACCAUGACUCCAUAUUACGGGCAACUUUCCGACUUCGUCAGCUGUCACAUCAGAAUGGAGAUACUACUCAUGAUGGCCCAGCCCAUCAUCCUGAGCCUAAAGAAACUUCCACACCCUAUAAGCAGAAUCCUUCCCCAAGUCAGCAGGAAUAUGAACCCGAACCCCCCCUGGGAGCACCCCCUCCAUACCGACUGCCUCCUCAACCUGGUGUGAAUGUGUCAUCACCUCACGGAAACAACCAAUAUUACCCAGGCUCUGCUCAAGGGACACCAAGGCAUGACCGACCACCUCCAUUCAUGAGCAGUGGCAGUGUGCACUGAUUUUGUCAAGAAUGGGAUUAUUUUUUUAAAGUUUAAUAUUCGAUGUACACAUAAGAGUAUUGGUUCUGUAGCUAGAAGGUAGUAAUUUUAACUUGGCACCUCAGAAGCUCAGAAGCCUUUCUCCAACACAGUCCAGGGGUAGAUUUAUUCUGUUACUAGCAGCAUGGAAAGAAAGUCCUUCCUGGUAGCCAGGGUUAGUGGAUUUUGGAGGGGGGCUAGUGGAUUCUAAGUGCAGUUUUUUGGGCAAGUUUGUUGCCAUAAUUUUUUACAGUCAUUGCUGGAUGAAGUGGCUUUUUGGAGAAGUACAUUACUGGUAGUUGCUCACUCUUUCAAGUGGUAUACCAUGGAAUAACCCACAAGUCACUUGUAUUGGUAUGCACAUGACCUUAGGCAAGUGUAUAUACCAAGCAAACACAAAUGGGAUAUGUAUGGCUUAUUGACCAGGCUCGUUCAGUCAAGAUGGCUGGAUGUUGGCCAAGUUCUUUUUUUGCGUGUUUAUAAACUCAAGAUGGAGUCGAGGUCCA